AAACAGCAGAGAUGCCAGAAAAAAACUAAUGGUCCUAAAUCUUUUAGAUUUUUCUGGCAUCUAAUGUUAGGAAGUUGAUAACAUUUGUGUCAAUACCUAUAAAUUUAAAGUUUAUGGAGCAGAAGUUUGAGCAGCGUGUUCUUCGUUUCUGUUAACCUUACGAAAUAGGUAGAUUACUUAACUAUUUGAUUCGCUGUGAGAGAAAAAUCUAAUUCUUUUCAAAUAUGAGAUCUUUGAAGUGAUGUAAUUGUUGAGCACUAUUGAAUAGUUUUUGACUCGAGCCGUGCCAUGGCGGAUCGUGUGGAAUCCAAUUGCCGCUCAGAUUGUAGUCUCUUUUGGAGGGUGUUCUCCACUAUUUGUUUGCCAUUUACGUUGCCUUAUAUCAUUUUCAAAAUAAUCGAUAUUGUUAAAGAAAGGCGUUAUCGAGAGUGCCUACCAGGAAAGGUAGUGGUAAUUACUGGCGCCAGCUCUGGUCUUGGAGAGGCUCUUGCUCAUGUUUUCUUUCUUGCUGGUUGCAAAGUAGUGCUUUGUGCUAGACGAAGAAAUGAAUUGGAACGAGUUCGAAAAGAUUUACUAGCUCUUUAUACGACUAUGGAAACUCAUUCACCUGUGAUCUUGCCUUUGGAUCUUUCCGAUAUCAGUUCUCUUCCGUUGAAAAUUAAAGAAGUGUUGGAAAUUCAUGGCCAUAUUGACAUUGUAAUCAACAAUGGUGGUGUCAGCAUCCGGUCGGAUUGCUUAUCGACUGCUAUGGAUGUGGACAUAAAGGUGAUGUUAGUCAACUAUUUCGGGACAGUGGCACUGACAAAGGCUUGCCUUCCGUCCAUGAUUGAACGCAAGCAGGGAAGAAUCGUCUGUAUCUCAAGUGUUCAAGGAAAAUUCAGCAUUCCUCAUCGCUCGGCAUACGGGGCCUCCAAGCAUGCUUUGCAAGGUUUUUGUGAUAGUUUGCGGGCGGAAAUCAGCGAGCACGACGUUAAGGUAACUCUGAUAUCACCCAGUUAUAUCAGAACCGCUCUAUCUGUGAACGCUCUUACCGGUACUGGCGAACAAUACGGAAGUAAGUUAUUGAGUCAUCAAGAAUUGGAUUCAACAACAGCAUCAGGUGUAUCUCCCAGCAUAGUUGCCAAAAGAAUUUUGAAAGCUGUACUGCGUGAUGAGCAGGAUGUCAUUAUUGCUUCAUUCGCUCCGAAAAUGGCAUACUGGGUACGUCAUUUGUUCCCUACCCUUUACUUUUGGAUAAUGGCUAGAAGAGCACAAAAGCUAAAUGCACCCACCGUCGAAGAAAAAAAUUAAAGCUCAAGCAAACAAAAAUGAAAAACCAAAGCUAUUUUUAAAUUUUGUUUCUGUGAUUACUACCUUUUAAUAGUAAAAUUUUGAUUUCGACUGAUAAA